UUGCGUCGCGACUUGUUCGAACGUUUGUCCCUACUUGGGCUUCGUUUGAUCUCGGGUUAUCGGUGGGAUGUCUGGUGGGGAGGAGUUGACGUGAAAAGAGAAGCAAAAACCGAGGACCGUGGGGGUUCAAAUAAAUAAAUGCGAUAAUCUCCCCCCGUCUGUUAACAAAACAGGAAAUGUUUAGCGGCGAACUGUUUUACAUCAUCGGCGAAGACGAGUAUCUUGUUUGUAAGGACAGCUGAAGUGCAUCAUCUACAAGUAAAGAAACGGUAAUGAUGGACGAAUUCGAUGAUGGGGAGGCCCUUCCUGUUGGCGAUCUAUCUCAGUGUAACACCUGUAAAAGAAUGUUCUUCCCUAAAGUUCUGGAGAAGCAUUCCAAAAUCUGUCAAAAGUCUGCGUCCAAACGGAGGAAGGUUUUUGACUCCAGCAGGCAAAGAGCUGCCGGCACAGACAUCCCAACCCUCAAACCCUUAAAACCAAAGUCCCAAAGUUCAUCAUCUUCUCACAAAGCGGAACCCCCAAAGAAGCCAUCCAACUGGCGCAAGAAACAUGAAGACUUCAUCGCGGCCAUCCAGGCAUCCAAGGCCAGCAUGAGGGCCAUGAAAGAAGGCGCACCUUUGCCCCCGCCUCCUCCUCCUUCAUAUGACCCAGACCUAGUCCAGUGUCCUUAUUGUCAGCGGAGGUUCAAUGAAUCCGCCGCUCAAGGACACAUCAAGUUCUGUCGGGAUCAGGCUUCCAGAAUGGGAAACAAGAACAAGUUGGGCGAUGUCAAGAAAAUGCCUGCUCGCACGCAGUACAAGCCGCCCGCACUUGUCAAGAAGGUCAACUCUGCGGCGUCAACCAUCCCUUCGGUCCCCUCUCGUCUGCCCGCGAAAGUGGGCCCUGCCCAGACUACCGGAGCCCCUUCCGGUAAGGCCCCCUCUGCAGCUUCACUGAGGACAAACACAUCUGGGGUGACGAGCCCCACCUCUGGCAUGGCAAUGAAGAGCCGAGUGGUGGGCUCUGGCUACGGUCCCGUGAGAAACACUCCGGCCGGAAGAGGACCGCUCCACAAGAAGAAACAAGAAGACGGUUGCAUAACGAGGGAUGACGUGGACGGUUGUCACACCGUGGGCAAUGGUGAAACCAAGAGCAAGUUUUGUCACUCAUGUGGGACCAGGUACCCCAUAGAAUCUGCAAAAUUCUGCUGCGAGUGUGGCAUCAGACGGAUGUGUAUCUGAGACAUCCAUUUCCUCUUCAUAGAAUACUACACUUUUUUUUUCUCCUCGCGUGGGCUUCGAAUUUAUGUCGUCACGUCAUUUACUUCCCAAACAUGCGUCAUACUGCUUGAUUCCUCCGCACAAUGUCGCCAGCAUUCUUCAGUCAAAAUACGCAUGGCAAAAAAUUGCAGCCUGCUUAAUAUCUAUCUCCUUGUCACUGUUAGAUUAGAAUCACUUUAACUUGUGUUCUUACCUUCGUGACUGUUGCUAUUUACAGCAACUUUGCGGACCUUUCAGAACGCCAUUAAAAUAAAAGACGACAAACAACCAAUUUAGCCGCCUUAUCACCGGAGACUUGUGGUGAUUGUAUGCAAGCGCCAGACGCCGCCCAUCACUUGAUAGUGGCGGUUCUUCGGCCAGCCUCGCUGCCAAGUCUCGGAUGAAGAAACUCUCUGGCAAUAUUAUUACAGUACUGUCAUCAAUCAGGGACAAUAAAAUUCGGUUAUCAUUUAAAAGAUUAGUUUGACAGGACUUCCUGGAACGUGACGGUGUGAAGGAAUGGGCUCAGCGCUGUUUGGGAAAAGGGGAAAAAUAUGAAGUGUGGGGUGAAACACUUGUGAGAUGCGCAUCAUUUCCCCCCCUGUCGCUCAGUCCUCAGUCAAGCAUGGCGGUCACGACUGCUACUUCUCAAUUUCAUCAGAUGAGAAUUUGUUCCUGCCCGUAAGUGCAAGAUGAUGAACCACUGAGGAAAGAUUUUUUUUAAAUUUAUUUUUUUUAAUAGACUGGGAUCCAAGCACCUUUUGGACUUUUAAUGCUGAGAUUUCACACAAACUGUAGCUUUCUAUGGAAGCCCACGCAUUCCUUUUCCUUUUUGGACUAGCUAUUUAUUCCAUUCUUAUUCCAGCCCAAUUUUACUCCAUGACUUUGUUGCAUCUGUACCGAGUCGCAUUGGAUUUGUUUGUUUUCCCUUUAUUGUUACAUGUUCAUGAUUAUACUGUGUUUCAAAUGUAGUUUUGACCAGUAAAUAUCUUUUGCUGCAUCUACUGUUUGUGGAGCACACCCCGGAAAUGAUGGACAUACUAAUUUGUCAUAACUAUUUCAAAACGCGACUGUUUAAACUGCUAUUAAUUAAUGUGGCUAAAUCAACAGUGAAACGAGUAUUGGUCUCUUUCCGAGUUGUGAUAACCUUGGCACCUUCAAGCGUAGGUGAAUGUUAUAUUUCACACAUUUUGGCUGCUUCGUAAACCCAAAUUCUGGUAUAUAAGGUCAAAUGUAACAUGCAUACUUGGAGAAUAUGCAGCUCACAUUACUUUUAGGCUGUCGGACCACAGGAUGGUUAGUACGACAUUGACUCAAGUGAUGUGACGGUCAAUUUUUAUGGAAGCGAAAAUGAUUAAGGACAUCCAUGUGCAAAAAAAAGUGUCUGCGCUUCAUAUGCAAUAUUUGGCCCCC